AUGACAGACGCUCUUUCACUCGAGGAUCUACUCGCAGAUUUCGAAGCUGAGAACUUUGAAAGAGCGCCACUAUCAUUCGUUCCUCCAACAUUACGUGGCUAUAAUAUGAUCUGGAAACUUUGGGAGAACUACCUUACACGACUUAAUAAUACAGAUGUGAAACCAACUCUAAGAGUUCUUAAAGGAUUCUUUACUAUGCUUGCAAAGGAACGGACAGGCUUGUUAGGCAAACGCCUUUCUGUAAAAACACUGAUUCAAUAUGCAAUCCGUUUCAAAUCAGUGUAUGAGCGGAAGCAUAAUGAAGAGCUUGAUUCAAUGCAAGAGCUCCGCACUUUCAUAAAGACUAGUCUGGCAAGGAGCCUGGGUUUGAGUACCAAAACCCGUCCGAAGCCUAUCGCUAGUCUCAACGAUUUGAAGGACAUAAUCGGCUAUCUUUGGAUGAACGAUCCUCUCAACUUCCUGUAUGAGCGAGCUAGAGUUCAGAUCGCUUUAUUGAUCUUAAUGCUUGUAUACACAGCAUCACGUCCAGGUGCGGUUAUUGAGUCACAUGCUUAUUAUAUGACUGGUCAAGCUAUGCGAUAUAAGGAUAUAAAACUCACUUUGCAGCAAAAUCCGAACGGUGGCCGCCCGUUGAUGAGUAUUUUGUUCACAUUUAACCUCAGGAAAAACGAGCGGGAUGAUGAAGGAGAGGUUUAUAAGCAACAGCUGUUUGAGGAUCUAACAUCCAGGCAUAUGUGUCCAAUUACGCUGUUUCUUGCUCUAGCUUUUGCUGAUGAUGCUUUUGCAACAGUAAACAGUAUUGAGGAGCUAUAUGAUCCAAGCAUAUGUUCUGCAAAGUACAUCGAUAUACAAUUCAAGGAGAGUGUUUUGAACAAACCUCUAUUCCGGAGUAAUCGAUCAAUGGAUGCAUCUCAUCAUGCUGAAGCGUUGACUUAUCAAGCGUUCAACCACUCAUUGAGGAAAAUCGCACAGCGUGCAGGAUUCAAGGAUGAUUUUACAUCUUACGUGAUAAGACGUACUUCAGCCAACGUUUUGAAUCAACAUGUUACUUCAGCAGAAAGGGGCAAAAUACUUGGACAUUCAAAUGAUCAAGUUUUUCAAAACAGCUAUCUUGCGUCUCAUUCCGGUGUCGAUUUACAAAGUCUAACUGUUGGGCAAGAGCAACGGACACAGCAAAUCAACUUUGCUCGUAGCCUAAACUCAAAUCGUGGUACACCACUGGGUCUAAUAACCAAGGAAUUCGUUAAGGUUGUUGCCAAGGACCCUGAGAUAACUGCUGCGAAAAAGCGGAUUGAAGACGCACGACUAGAGGGCUGUGAUUUGAAGAUAAAAAGUGAAGUUAAGAGACUAUGCAACAUAAGAAGGGAAGUGGUCAAAAAACAUGCACCGGAAAUGCAUUUUGAACAGAUAAUGGGAACGAGAUUUAUGCCAACGUUGAGGGCAAACAUAGUUGGUAUGCUUUAUGGCAAGGAAAACGAUUUACUCCCUAGGUCAGAAUUGGUAAGAAAUUUACAAGAAUUGUGUCAGAGCAUGGGAAAAGAUGUAUCAAAUUAUCGCUGCCAGAACCCGAGUUGCAAACGCUCUUCUAUCCCAUUUCGAUGUCAAUGGGAGCUCUUCCGUCACAACGAGAAGGAGUGUCAAAAGCCAACUAUGACACACGAUCCUAUGUUCAGUAUGACUGAGGCCUCGUCACCGAUGCUGGACUUUCAGGACUUUCAUCUUCCGGAUCCCAUCACUGGCGAUUUGUUACCAACAGUGGAUUUUCCCGACAUUUUUCUUCUCGAAGAUCAUCCAAACACAAUUGAAAAGUUUUCAUCCAGCAUAAAUAAUAGUCGUUUAUCUGAAACGAAUGAAGGUUCUUCUACGACUUCCUUGUUGUGCCCACAUACUACUUGUCCACGUCACAUCAGGCCACUUGCAUCCAGAAGGACUUUAAAGGCGCAUAUGAGCACUCAUACUCGUAUAAACCGAGAUCAUCUCCUGUGUGCUAGGCACGACUGCAAAUUGCAUCGAAAUAUUUGUCCAUUCAAGACUCAAGCAGGAUUCAAUGCACAUAUGAAGUAUCACGAGAAAGAAGAUCAGAUUUCGAUGGGAGAAAGUCCGGCAGAGAUUUUGAGUGUGUACAAUGAUGAGUUUAUGAGAAACGGUUGA